UGGCUUAGUCUUUAGGUCCUUCCCUAUUAUCAUGUGAUCGAGGGGAGGGCAGGUUGGUCGGUGGGUGGGUGAAGCCGGAAGAGGAAAGCCAGUGCAUUACCAACCAGGCGAGAUGAGCGGCUUGGGGAAGCUCUUCGGGAAGGGUAAGAAGGCCAAAGCCCCAACCCCACAAGAGGCAAUCCAGAAAUUGCGGGAGACUGAAGAGGUGCUGAUCAAGAAGCAAGAAUUCCUGGAGCAGAAGAUUAGCCAGGAGCUUCAGUCGGCAAAGAAGCAUGGGACAAAAAACAAGAGAGCGGCCCUGCAAGCCCUCAAGCGGAAGAAGCGCUUUGAGCAGCAGCUGGGGCAGAUUGAUGGCACACUCUCCACCAUCGAGUUCCAGCGGGAGGCUCUUGAAAACGCCACCACCAACACUGAAGUGCUCAAGACCAUGUCGGAGGCCGCGCGUGCCAUGAAAGAGGCUCAUCAACACAUGGACAUUGACAAAGUGGACGACCUGAUGUCCGAGAUCACGGAGCAGCAAGAUAUUGCCCAGCAGAUCUCUGAUGCCAUUUCCAAGCCUGUCGGCUUUGGGGACGAUGUAGACGAGGAUGAGCUGCUGGCUGAGCUGGAGGAGAUGGAACAGGAAGACCUCGACAAGGAGCUCCUGAAUGUUGGAGAGCCGACCCCAGAGCUGCCCAGUGUGCCAGCCUCUCGCCUCCCCAGCGUGCCAGCUUCAAAAGUGCUACCCUCUGCCACUGCUGUGGAUGAUGAUGAUGAUGAAGAAAUGAAGCAAUUGGCCUCCUGGGUGUCGCUGGUCUUUUCUGGGUUUUUGCUCCCUUUGAUCUGUCCGGUGCUGCGGGUACGGCUGGCGGCCUUCUUUUUGUCCGGCGCGAAGGUGAGGGAGCGGGACUUGGUGCUGGGGGUCGUGUUUUUGUUGCCCUCGGCCGUCCGGGGCCCGCAGAUGGCCUCCAGGGCCUUGAUCUCGUUGGUCGGCUUCUCAGCCAGGAACUUGAGGACCCAGGAAACCUUCAGCACUUCCAAGAUGUUCAGCCGCUUGGAAGCCGGGCGCAGGAUGCGGUGGACCAGCCCAGCUCCCAUCCCCCCUUUAUCCCAGUACCACCCCAUGAUGGCCCAUCGCCCAUUCCUUGCCCUUCUCUUCUCCAUCCUUUUCCUCAUAUCUGUGGCCUCUUCAGAGUCUCAUUAUCAGCGAAGGGACCCGGUGAUGCUCUAUGUCAACAAAGUAGGACCUUACCACAACCCCCAGGAGACCUACCAUUACUAUCAGCUCCCCGUGUGCUCCCCACCAAAUAUCCGCCACAAGAGCCUUACCUUGGGGGAGGUGCUGGAUGGAGACCGCAUGGCUGAGUCCAUGUACGAGAUCCAUUUCCGGGAGAAUGUCGACAAGAAGAUCCUGUGUGAAAUGAAGCUGGGCCCUGAGCAGGUGGAGCGCCUCCGGCAGGCCAUUGAAGAGCUGUACUACUUUGAAUUUGUGGUGGACGAUUUGCCUGUACGCGGCUUUGUGGGCUACAUGGAGGAAAGCGGCUUCUUGCCCCACACCCAUAAGAUCGGUCUCUGGACCCACCUGGACUUCCACCUGGAGUGGAACGGCGACCGCAUCAUCUACGCUAAUGUCAGUGUGCGCAAUGUCAAGCCCACCAGCUUGGAUGAUGUCCAGAGCAUGCUGUCCAUCACUCACACCUACAGCAUCCGCUGGUCCGAGACCGCCUCGGAACGCCGAGGGGAACGCCGUGGCAGCCGCAGUGGGGACGAUGGCUUCUUCCCUCGCACCUUGGAGAUCCACUGGUUGUCCAUUAUCAACUCCAUGGUGCUGGUGUUCCUUCUGGUGGGCUUUGUGGUGGUCAUCCUCAUGCGGGUCCUCAAGAACGACCUGGCUCGCUACAACCUCGACGAAGAGGCCUCCUCAUCGUCCUCGGGAGAUGACUUUGACCAAGGAGACAAUGGGUGGAAGAUCAUUCACACUGACGUCUUCCGCUUCCCGGCUUGCCGCAGCCUCCUGUGUGCCGUCCUGGGAGUGGGCAGCCAGUUCCUGGCCUUGGGCACGGGCAUCAUUGUGAUGGCUCUGUUGGGCAUGUUCAACGUCCACCGGCAUGGUGCCAUCAACUCAGCCGCCAUCCUCCUCUAUGCCCUCACCUGUUGCAUCUCCGGUUAUGUCUCCAGCAAUUUCUAUCGCCAGAUUGGUGGGGAGCGCUGGGUCUGGAACAUAUUGCUCACCACCAGCCUUUUCUCUGCUCCCUUUUUCCUGACGUGGAGCGUGGUCAACUCUGUGCACUGGGCCAACGGGUCGACGCAGGCCUUGCCGGCCACCACCAUCCUCUUGCUGCUGACAGUCUGGCUGCUGGUGGGGUUCCCCCUCACUGUCAUCGGGGGCAUAUUUGGCAAGAACCGGGCCGGCCCCUUUGACGCACCCUGCCGUACCAAGAACAUCGCCCGUGAAAUCCCGCCCCAGCCAUGGUACAAGUCCACCCUGGUGCACAUGACCAUUGGAGGCUUCCUGCCCUUCAGUGCCAUUUCUGUGGAGCUGUACUACAUCUUCGCCACCGUGUGGGGCCGGGAGCAGUACACCCUCUACGGGAUCCUCUUCUUUGUUUUCGCCAUCCUACUCAGCGUCGGGGCCUGUAUCUCCAUUGCCCUCACCUACUUCCAGCUCUCGGGCGAGGACUACCGCUGGUGGUGGCGCUCCGUCCUCAGCGCCGGCUCCACCGGCCUCUUCAUCUUCCUCUACUCUGUCUUCUACUACUCACGCCGCUCCAACAUGUCAGGCGUGGUGCAGACGGUGGAGUUCUUUGGCUACUCCCUCCUCACGGGCUACAUCUUCUUCUUGAUGCUGGGGACCAUCUCCUUCUUCACGUCCCUCAAGUUCAUCCGCUACAUCUAUGUCAACCUCAAGAUGGACUGAGCAACCCCACCUCUUCUCUCGUCAGCUGGGGCUGCAAUAAAGCUCUGCUUUCUCAUUGGCUGGGAUGGGUAUAGCUCAAGAGUGGUACCUUCCAUAACAGAGUUUUCCACCAAUUGGCUAGGCAGACUGCACAAAGCUUUCCUGCACUGGCUGGGAGCUCACCUGAGCUCUGAAAACUUGGGCUUGUUAUGAUCUGUCUCUCUGUUAGCUGGGAUUGUUUUGAGAGCUUCCCAGCUCACUACAGUGGCAGUUGCUUGAUUGUCAGGAAGUGGAGGGGAAUGGCAUCCAUAAGCUCUCCUCUUCUGUUGGUCAGGACAACUAGCCAAUCAGUGAUCCUGUAAAUCUGGUGAAUUGGUAGACCCUGCAACAGAUUCCCUCUUCCUUUUUUUUUUUUUUUGUUGGUCAAAACUGCAGUUUGUAUGCUUGGAAUGGGAGUAAUUGUUAUUGUCCUUUCACUGGAUGAAAUGUGACCAAUUGGGAGAAUCCUCUUCCUAUUGGCUGGGUGAUCUGGUGAGUUCACCAAAGCUAGGCUCAGUUAGACAUCACUUCCUCCCAAGCCAAAGCCUGGUUCUUGUUGCUGGCCAGUUGGAAACUGUGAAGAUUUUUCUGGCUUGAUUUGCUUCCUUCAGGGUUCUUAUGCAAUUGGGUGACAGAUAGCAGCCAAUCACAUAAGAAUAAAAGCUGACCCAUACAAGGACCGGCAGGGCCGGCCUUGGAGAUGGAGAUUGGCCCAACAAAGAGCACCACCCUGUCCCUUGGGAGUUUCCCUUCUUUGGGAUCCCUGAUCCGGGACAGAAUUUGCCAGCUAGGGACUCUAAUCCCAGAGGUUUCCUCUGAUCAGAUACCUUCCCAGGGGCAGAGGUUGAAACUAAUCCCUCCAUGCUUGGAGGGGGCGACGGAGGAGGAGAAAGAGUCUUUAUUUUUAUUUUUAUUUUGUGGGUCCAAAAUGGGUCUUUCUGUGAAGGGUUUAAGGCUCUCCUUAUUUCCAUGUUGCGGGGGGGGGGAUAGGCUAGCCCUCUUCAGAGGUAUACUCAAGGGGUCCAGCUUCUCCAGUGGAUUCCUGUCGCUGGUUGUUAUUAUCUGGUGCAUGGGGCAGUUUUCCUCCAGGCAGAGGGCUUCCCUACUCCCUGCAUUGCCAAUAUCUUUUCUUUCUAUUUCCCUCUCUUCCGUCACAUCCUUUUCACUCCCAAGGUGCCUGGGCUGUUAUAGUAAGCAUGGAAGAGAAGCUGUCUCUUCCCCUCCCACCACGGUCAAGAAAAUGGCUAUAAUUAUAUAUGGAAAUUAUUAUAAAUGAGGAGUUGUGUAUAUUAGCAAAGACUGAAGUUGGGUGUUUUUUUAAAAUUUGAUUUUUUUUUUGUUUUAUUCCAAGGGUUUCUUUUUACAGAUCUUGAAAUUAAACUUUAUUAAUUAAAAAAACCAAAAAACCUA